AUGAGGAAGAGCUUACUUACGGUCGGCGGCCUCCUGGCCUCGUCUGUCUCUGGGCACAUUCAAAUGUCCAACCCUUACCCCAUCCGCAGCCCGUUGAACAAGGACACGAGUGGCCAAAAGGACUACUCGUACACGAACCCUCUAUCCACGGACGGAUCUGACUAUCCUUGCAAAGGAUACGCCAAGGACCCAUUCGAGUCGCAGGCAACCUACAGCCCUGGUGGAUCGUACACUAUGGAGUUGCAGGGUAGUGCGACGCACGGCGGAGGGUCAUGCCAAAUCGCACUUUCCUAUGACUCGGGUGACUCGUGGAAGGUCAUUCAUACCAUUCUGGGCGGGUGUCCGAUUGCUAAAAAGUACGAUUUCACUAUUCCCAGCGAUGCCCAGACUGGCGAGGCUCUGUUAGGAUGGAGCUGGUUCAACAAGAUCGGUAACCGCGAGAUGUAUAUGAACUGCGCCCAGGUGACUAUUGCUGGAGGUGAUAACCGUAAAAUAAGCACCGCUCUCGCCCGCCGUGAAUCUUUCGGCAGUCUACCUGAGCUGUUCCGGGCCAAUACCGGUGGCCCCGCAGGAUGCAAGACUAUCGAAGGAGAGGAGGUUAACUUCCCACUGCCUGGACCGUCUGUUAAAGGCUCACUCAGCGGAAUGGGUUACGAGUGUACUGGCUCAGCUCCCUUCCUCAGGGGUGAUUAUGGUUCGAAAGCUUCUUCUAACACUGUAAGUUUAGCUGUAAUCCCCAAGGCAUCCUCUAGUGCUAUGGCUCCUUCUUUCAGUGCUGUUGCCGCUACGGCUAGCAUUGAUGCUGCCCAGAGUUCUGCUGUUGCUAAUCCUGCCAGUAACAAGGUUGCCUCUACUUUUAGGGCUCCUGAGGCACACGCUCAACAAACUACUGCUGCCGAGCCUCCGUCUGAUACUGAAGUAUCCUGUGCCCACGGUUCUAUCGUCUGUGGCGCUGACGGCAAGUCGUGGUCGCUGUACGACAACGGCCGGGCGGCUCAUAUGGGCAACGUUGUCGCUGGCACGCAGUGUUUGCAUGGUGCCAUGCAGCGAGUUGCCUGA